AAAUUUUGAUCAAAUGGCUUCUUCUCGUUCAAUCUUGUUCCUUUCCAUUUCCAUGGUUUUGCUUUCCUCAGUUGCAAUGGCUACUGAUCAUAUUGUUGGUGAUGAUAAAGGCUGGACUGUUGAUUUCAAUUACACUCAAUGGGCUCAGCAAAUGGUUUUUCGUGUUGGUGACAAUCUUGUUUUCAAUUAUAACCCUUCUUUCCACAAUGUAUUCAAAGUGAAUGGAACACUCUUUCAAAACUGCACUUUUCCGGCAGAAAACGAAGCACUUUCGACAGGAAAAGAUAUCAUUCCAUUGAAAACUGAAGGCAGAAAAUGGUAUGUUUGUGGAAAAGCUGAUCAUUGUGCUUCUCGUCAAAUGAAGUUUGUCAUCACCGUUCUUGCAGAAGGUGCACCUGCUCCUUCUACUCCUUCUCCUCCACCGUCUUCUGAUGCUCGUCAUGUUGUAUCUUCUGUGUUUGGAGUUGUCAUGGCAACCAUGCUUGCUACUAUAGCCAUCUUUGCAUAAGGAGUUAGGAAAUUUUUUAUAUAUAUUUAUUUUAUUUAUACGUCAACACUACUAAUAGGGUUUCAACUUUGGUGCUCACAUAUUAAACUACUAAGCUGUAAUACCCAUGAAUUUUAUAUUUUAUAUUUCUUUAAAUUUGUUGUAUUAAUGAAUUAUAUAUAAUGAUUUGUGUUGAUGUUAUUGUAA